CUAGACCUUCAUUGAAAAACAAACUACUGAAACUCUGAGAUUUUAAUAGCGCCUCUGUUAAACCCUGUCAAGGUCAUGAUCGUGCUGUUGUCCCAUGAGCUGGGCUAAAAAAUACCUGUUUUGGAUCUUCAAGGGGUCCAAAAAGUCCAUAGUUGAUCAACUAGAGGACAUUGAUGAUGAAAUUUUGGAACUGGAAAGUGAUCGGUCUAACAGUAUAGACUCAGAAAAACAAUUCGUUUUCCGACUGAUUUUAUACUCAUUCAUAUUCUUCGGCUUGAGUUUUAUAACAGUUUAUUACUACUACUGGCCAAGUACAGUAGCUGGAAAGGUGGUGAUAUGUGUGAUAUUUGCUGUAUAUCCUUUUUGUGUAUAUUUCAUGAAGUAUAUCUUUCGGAUUAUGUUCACUAGGCGCGUAAAUAAGACGGAUGAAAAACUAAAAAGGCUCCGGGCUGAUAAACAGAAAUUGUUAGAAGAGGUGAUGGAAAAGGAGACCUUCAAUAAGGCCCAACAAAUCCUCAAACGUUUUGAUCCAUUAACAUUUGCUUCUUUAGCUGUUGAGGAAAAGAAGACCCCCAAACCGGUUUUCGGAUCGAUGAUUAACCUCGUCACUCCUCAUUCUGAAGUACGCCGUAGGAAUAAUUCGGGGGAUAGACAUUUAACUCCAGGAUUAUUAGGUUCAAAUUUAACUACUCAGUCGAGUACCCCUGUGAUCGGGAGUAAUCAAACACCAUAUUCUAAAAAACCACGGUUAUUAAGACCGCUUUUACCUAGAGAACGUUCAAUUAUUGAUAAAGUUUUAGAUGCAUUAGUUGGUGAUGGUCCCGAUAAACGAUUUGCACUAAUUUGUAAUGAAUGUUCAUCACACAAUGGAAUGGCAUUACAGGAAGAAUUUGAAUAUUUAGCAUUUCGAUGUUGUUAUUGUAAUCAUUUUAAUCCAGCACGUCGUACACGAUUAAAGAUGGGAUUAUCAAUAGAAAAUAUAGAAAAUAUAAAUGAUCCAAUAGAUAAUUCAAAGACAACAACAUCUUCUUUACUAUCCAAUAAAUCUAAUCUUAAAAGAAUGAAUGAAAAGAUUCAAAAUUCCAAUACUAAUUUAUAUAAUCAUAAUGAUAGUGAUAAUGAUAGUGUUCUUAGUAAUGAGACUGUAGUUUAUGAUUCUCAUGAUAUCUUAACUAAUCAAUCUAAUGAACAAUUGAAUUUAAAAGAUAGCGAUCAUGUUGAUAAGUUUAAAGAAUCCAUAGAAUAAAAUAAUCGGGUUCAGGAAGAUCUAUAUAUUAUACAUUUACUGUAAGGCAUCUCCUUCUUCCAUAUAUACAUAUGUAAACAUCGUUUCUUUAUUUCGAUAGAAAAAAAAAACUAUAUUCCCGUUUAUUUUUGUUUAUCAUUCAUGAAGAACAUCUUGAUUUCCAGUUCAUAAAUCAUUUAAUUGGUUGUUAUGCUUGUUCAUAUAUUACUUGGUCGAGUAUGUAUAUACAUACAUACAUACAUACAUGCAUACACUGUACAUCUUUCUAUGUUUACCUGUUUAUUGACUGGAAUCUGGAAAGUUUUCUGUUUCCAUCCUGUUCUCCACCCUUUUUUUUGUUUUUGGAAAUAUAUACCUCCCUGAGUAUUAUCUCUGUAUUUUUAUAUGAAUUGUGAUGAUACUAAUUGUUGAACUUUGAGUGAUUAUAUCUUGUUUUUUUGUUUGCUUGUUUGUUUGUUUGUGUUGUAUGUGUAUGUAGACAGAUUAUUUGCUCUUUUUUUCAACUAAUCUUUCUCUCUCUCACAUCAAUAUAUGUCAACCAUAUGUUUUCAAACUAUUGCACUAAAUUCAAUUUGUAAUAAUGAUAUGUGGUUACAUGUCAUUCUUUUUUUUUGUGUGUGUGUUCUGUUAUUGGUGUCUCAACUAAGCACAAAUGUAUGAAUCGAUCCAACUUGGAAUGUUUUACAUUAACACAGCGAAAAUAUAAAUUGGUAACAUUCAGUCUUUGG